UGCACAUCGCCCCAAUCCGCAAUCCCCAACCCUCCACACCCUCCCAAAACACUCCAAUGUCCCUACAAGAAACCUCCCUCCUCCUCAACCUCCCCUCGGAGCUACGGAACCAAAUCUACGAAGAACUCCUCAUCCUCAAAAACCACGAGAACCAAAGAAACCCCCGGAUCCACGCCAACAUCCUCCCAACCUGCCACAAGAUCCACGCAGAAGCCACCCCGAUCCUCUACACCUGCAACACCUUCCUCGCCCACCCAACCCUCCUCGCCGCAUUGCCGCGCUUCCUCCUCGACCGCCUAACCCUCACACCUCUACCACUCCCCAUAACCCACGCGCGCGUCGCGAAAUUGAUAAAGCGGUUUUUCCUCCACGUCCGCUUAGACACAGAUCCCAGAUUUUCGAAAACGCAGGCGACGGAGAGUUUUAGCGGGGUUGAGGAGUUGGAGAUAGAAGUUUUCCAGUCGAGUUAUGGGACGUGUGAUUUUGGGGUUUUGAGGUUGUUUGAAGGGAUCAGAGGGGUGGGGAGGGCGAGGGUGCAGGGGAGUGUGGGGGAUGGGGGGUAUGCGAGGUGGUUGGAAAGGUCUAUGAUGAGUGGGUGGAAGGAGGAGGUGAGGGGGUUUGAGGAGGAGUUUGUUGGGGGUGAUCGAGCUUGGGAUGCGUGGACACAUGGAAAUAGGUGAUGUGAUGCUCGUUCGACUAUCAGAUCAGAACGAAUCUGAACUCCUCCGCAAACCCAUCUUCUCGUCCAAAAAACUCGGGCCUUCACUCUCCAUCUCCGGCUUAUGGAUACGCACAAGCGACAAGAAAUAAUCCUCCAAAGGCAGCAAAUUCAGCAACAAUCGUUCGCUAUUCCACGCCACGCCGCAAACGAUCGCACCUGCCACGGCAUCGAGGAUGAAAUGGUUCGCUGUCGCAAUGAUUGCCACGAGGAUCAACAGUGGAUAUGCCAAGCCUAGCGCAACGCAUGAAAUUCUCCAAGCGCUGGGGAGCUUUGUUCUGAAUCGCCAAAAUUUGACGAAAUGUGUGGUGUCGUUUCGAGAAAGAGGAAUUGUAGCGAUAGUGAAACCGAUGAGCGCCGAGUAGCCGAAGUGAAGGGAAGGCAUUGCGGCGUAUUGGUUGCAGAACUGGAAAGAUAAGAUCGCCAGUCAGUAAAUGACAAAAAAAAAAUGAGAUGGAAGUUGUC